AGUUGCAGCAUCUCCUGCUCUGGAUACUUGCGAACUACCUUGUCCCCCCAAUUCAGCCCCCAAGCAGCAACUUGUCCUGCAGGAACCGGCGCCUGGAGGAUCGCUGUCCUUGGUGAACUGAAGACCUUGACGUGAGGGUUCCUGCAGAAACCGAGGAAACCGAGGAGAGGCACUGAGGAGAGGGACCCUGGAGCAGUGGAGUCCCGAGAAGGGUCAGUGCCCCGCCCAGUGAGGAGAUGUCCCUGUGCUCAGCUGAUAUAAGGACAAGAGACCGCAGGGUAGAGAUCUCCACUCUGGACACCAUCUCUGACUCCAGGAGGCGAGGCGGGCUCGCUGCGGAGGACAGACGCCAUCGGUUUCCUGGAGGUUCCUGCAAGACACCUUGUCACCAUUGGUCACUCUAGAGCUCAGCCUUCGGCCAGGAAACGUUUUCAGCUACAGGCAAAGAAGAUGAGCUUCCUGGCAAAUUUGGAUCUGAACUUUGCGGAGUGUGUAAGAGAUGUAGGAAAAGCCACCCUUGGGGUUAGGCAAAGGGAGGGAAUGGACGCCACACACCGGAUGAGACAGAAUGAAAUCAUCUCACAAGCUGUGUGCGCUCUGCUGAAUUCUGGAGGCGGUGUGGUCAGGGUUGAGAUUGAGAACGGAGACUAUGAUUUUGAGAGGGAUGGAGUAGGCCUGGAGCUGCCACCAUUGUUCAGAAACCAUUUAGAUGAGAUGCUGCAUGGAAAGUUCUUUUUAAUGUAUGUGAGUUCGUGGGAUGUGGCGGCCUCACAUGUGCGGAUCGCUACCUUGUGCUCCAAUUUGUACCACAGAUGUGGAACAUUUACUGAGGUCAUGAAUCCUGAAGAAGCCCUGAUAUUCCUCAGAAGGGUCCAGGCUCUUAGGAAUCUUGGUGAUCCUGACUCACAAAAUCUACAGGAAGCUCUUGUUGAUGAUAAUCAGAUCUUAGCUUCUUAUUUGUUUAAUGGCCAGCAGCUCCAGUACCUGGAAAAACUCAACUUUACAGCAUCCCCACACGUUGAAUUUCAAAGGUUCUCCACAGACCUUUCACAGGGCAUUAGAGAGAGACUUCCCAAGUCUGUUUCUGCACUUGCCAAUUAUGAAGGGGGCUAUGUGUUUUUUGGUGUGCAUGAUGAGACCUGUCAAGUCAUUGGAUGUGAAAAGGAAAGAAUAAAUUGUCUCAACUUGAGUACUACGAUUGAUGCCUGUAUCAGGAGGAUGCCUGUCUAUCACUUCUGUGCACAGAACCACAAAGUGCAAUAUGCCCUCAAAUUCCUUGAAGUGUACGAUAAGAAGGCCCUUUAUGGGUACGUCUGUGCAAUCAAGGUGGAACGAUUCUGCUGUGCAGCAUUUGCCAAAGCGCCCGAUUCCUGGGAGAUGAAGGAGGAUAAUAUGAAGCAGCUAACCGCAAAUGACUGGGCCUCUUGGAUGCUAGAAAUCGAUCCAGAGCUUUCCAGUUUCCCUCAGAUGAUUCCCAGCAGGAGUAUGUUAAACACCACACCUCGCAGCAGGACUGUGUUCAUACAUAAAUAUUUGAAAUGUGUGGAGGAACUGCAGAAGGAUUACUUUCCAGUGUUACCCAACAGUAUUACAUAUACUCCAGAGAGCGUCUACAAGGACCUCUUCUCAGACUACAGAGGACUAAGAAAUUUAAUAAAUACAGAAAUGCGCUGUUUCUCUCAAGGGAUAUUGAUCUUCUCCCAUAGCUGGGCUGUGGACCUAGGUCUUCAGAGGAGGCAAGAUGUCAUCUGUGACGCUCUUCUAAUUUCCCCGAACAACGUCCCAAUCCUGUACACCAUUUGCAACAAGUGGGAUCUGGGGAACAGGCUCUACUCCAUGAAAGUCGCCCGUACCCUGAAGCAGAGACUGGUGAACAUGGGUGGCUACACUGGAAGAUUAGGCAUCAUUCCCUUGGUCUUACAGCUGGGUUCUGACCAUAGAGUAAGGGAUGAUUUAGAAGUGCCGGUUUACCCCGAAUCCUAUUGCUUCACAACCACACAGCAGGUGGAAGCUCUGUUGCAGUCUCUCGUGGUCAUCUUGUUUGGGUUCAGACCCUUGUUCAACGAAGAGUUAGAGCCUGAGUCUGAGACUGUGGCCCUACUCUCAGACCAACAGUACGAGCUGCUUUCGAUGAAUCUAAGCAAGCACAGAGAGCUGUUUGUUCAUGGCUCACCUGGGUCAGGGAAGACCACGCUAGCUCUCAAGAUCAUGGAGAAGAUUAGGCAUGUGUUCAACUGUCAAGAUGAUGACAUUCUUUACAUCUGUGAGAACCAGUCUUUGAAGAGGUUUAUGAGGAAAAACCUUUGCCAGGCAGUGACACGGAAAACCUUCAUGAAAAAUACCUUUGAUAACGUGCAACAUAUCAUCGUGGAUGAAGCUCAGAAUUUCCGAACGGAGGAAGGGGACUGGUAUGCAAAGGCAAAAGCCAUCGUUCAGAGAGGGAGAGAUGGCCCAGGAGUUCUCUGCAUUUUUAUGGAUUACUUUCAGGUCAGUCACUUGUGUUGCAUUGGCCUCCCUGAGCUCCAACACCAGAGGCCAAUAUUGAGGCUCACCAGGAUGCUACGCAGUGGAGACUACAUAGUCAACUAUCUUCAAUGUAUAAUGUAUCAAAUCAGAGAAAACCCUCCCCCAAAUGUCCCCCAAGAGGCCCUGACGAUGGGGGAAGACCCUGUAUGGGGUCCAGAUGCCACAGGCAGUAUAGAGGAUAUUAAUGACUUGAAUAUUGAGCAGAUGGCAGUCUAUGUAGCAGAGAAAUGCCAGGAGCUUUGGAGGUCUGGCUUUUGCCCCACGGAUGUUGCCGUUCUUUUCUCUAAAGCAAGAGAUAUAGAAAGAUGUAGAGAAAGGCUUCUGCUAGCAAUGACUAGGACCAUGUCUCAGCUUGGCGAGCAGCCCAGUUCACUAGGGCAGUUCAGGGAGUGGGAAGGGUUGGAUAGUCUGGGUAAUCAGAUCGUGUUGGAUAGUGUCCACCGAUUUUCAGGCAUGGAAAGAAAUAUAGUGUUUGGGAUCAUUUCAGCGGGAUCGGAGAGAGCCAUUUUCAACAACGUUCUGCUCUGUCUGGCUUCCCGGGCAAGGACCCAUCUGUAUAUUAUAAAUGCUGGGCUUUGAUAGGAAGAUACCAGCUUUCAGUUAGCUAGAGUUUGGUCUCUAGAUGUCUUUGAAACUCUUUGAUCUAAACAUUUAAGCACCAAAACAUUUUAUGUAUAGUCACUAACUCAGGGCAAGCAAAUAUGGGUAUGGGGGAUUCAGACAGUAGUAAGAGCUAGCAGAGCAAUUAGCCAUCUCUCUCUCUCUCUCUCUCUCUCUCUCUCUCUCUCCCUCCCGCCCUCCUUCCCUCCCUCCCUUUGUGUGUGUGUGUGUGUAUGUGUGUGUAUCAGGAAGACUGGUUCUUUGAAGUGGGGAGGAAAGAGCUCAUCAUGAGACAACUGCUGGAUUAUGUGUUCUGGUGGACUCAGUUUCCUCAUUUUUAACACAGUCACCUGCAGAAAUGCUUGAUCCUGGUGUGUGGGGAGAGCAUGAAGGGUGGAGGGGGAGAGUAUGUCUGUCUUUAGCAGGACAUGGUUUGAAAUGUAAGUUCAUAAGCUGCAAGGAAUAAUUUUAGGGUGGUUUAGCUUGUUGUGUUAUUUCCUGUUUUGCCUUUUGUCGGCAUUCUAUUUUUGAUCUCUGCUUCCGACGUGACCUGUUCGUUCAGAAUCUCUGCCCUUUGACUUUAAUAUUGUUCCCAUGGAGACUCAGAGUUACUGCAGUCCAAGUGCCCAAGUGUGGGUUUAGUGGUUCGGAGGGUAGAGGGCCUAAGAGGAAGAAUGUAUAGAUUCUGAGCUUGGCAUCACUUCACACUUAAUUUAGUAAGCAGAGCAUGCAAGCGUAGGUCAACUAUCUCUGAUCUCUGUGCUCUCGCCAGUUCAACCAGCCUUCCAAAGGCCGUUGCUGAAAACUACUCACUUGUCAUUUACUUUAGGUUUCUCUGAAACUCAAUAUUUAGAGCCAAACAAAGCAAACUUUUCUGGGAGAUACAAACAAACAGGAAUCCAGAGUUCAUUUUCUAUUAAAAAAGAGCAGACGCUUUGCAUGUGCUUUUACUUAUGAAUGUAAUGGGUUUAUAAGUGACUUCCUCAGUUUUGAUCAACCUGUAUCCUGGGUAAACAUUUCAUAAUCAUAGUGGAUAUGGAUAGUGGAUAGUGAAUGGGGGAAUUUGGAAACAGUACAACAUAAAAGAAUUUUUACUAUGUAGGAUUUAGAAGUGCUCACACACUGUCAUAUUUGAUUCAACCUUUUUUAUUUUUUUUAAAUAAAAGAUAUAAAAUACUGCAAACUAAAA